AUGUCCGAUUCCGACCACGAUUCGCGGCCCACCACGCCGCUGCCAGAAGCUGGCAAUGAUGCCGGAGAUCCUAAUAGACCAAUGUCAGAAGAAAGAGACACGCCUCCUCCUCCCAUCGCCAACCCUGACCUGGACAUGGACAACGACGAGAACAUGGACCAUGACUCGCUGGAUGACCUCUCCGAAGUCGAUGAAGCUGAAUUCGCCGACUUCGAUCCUACAACAGUCGCCCUUGAGGAUAGGCCGUUGGUUGACAUUGAUGAGGAUAUUGCGCGAACGUUAAAGGCAGGCAAGCGGCAGCGGGCUGAUAAGGCUGGCGAAGGAAAGAAGCCUAAAGAAGGCAAACGGGACAAGAAGAAGCGGCGCCGGGAUGAGGAUGAGGAUCCGGAUGGAGAGCGUAUUGAGGGGAAGAGAAUCAGAAAACCAAAGGCUGAUGGGGAGAGGAAGAGUAGAGAUGCGCCUCGAGAGAAGAGAGUGGCAACACCUGAGAAUGAUGAGAAUUUGACACCAGAGGAGAGGCGCAGACGGGCGCUGGACAAGGCGAUGGAUGCUGCUCUAAAGAAUCCGAAUAAGCGGAGACGCAAGAGGGAUGAAGUGGACCUUGAAGAAGCAUUCGAUGAAGAAAUCGCAAACCUUAAAAUCCGCAUGGAGCAGGCCUGCGAAGCCGACAAUCAAGCCCGCGAAAAUGGACAACCCGCCAUUCACAAGCUGAAGAUGCUCCCAGAGGUUGUUAGCCUUCUUAAUCGAAACACGGUCCAACAUUCCAUCGUCGACCCCGAUACCAACUUCCUCCAGUCCGUCAAGUAUUUCCUUGAGCCAUUGUCUGAUGGAAGUCUCCCAGCAUAUAACAUCCAACGAGAUCUCUUUGCGGCGCUUACGCGACUGCCUAUCGAGAAAGAAGCAUUAUUGAGCAGCGGCAUUGGCAAGAUUGUGCUUUUCUAUACCAAGAGCAAGAAGCCGGAGAUUGGAGUGAAGAGAACUGCUGAGAAACUACUGGGAGAUUGGUCGAGGCCGAUUCUAAAGCGAAGUGAUGACUACAAACAACGUAAAGUGGUCACGAGAGAAUUCGAUUAUCACGCUGCGCAACUCGCCCUCCGUCCCGGAGCUUCACAAGCCUCCCAGUCGACCUCAUCUCAGCGACCAGGUCUCUCCCAGCGUGAGCUUGACCGCCAACGCAUUCUUGCUCAGCCGAUCAGGAGUAACAGGGCAAGAAUGGAAUCUUCCAACACGAGUUACACUGUGGCACCCAAAAGCACCUUUGAUCCAACCAAGGGUUUGGAUCCUUUGGCAAGACCUAUCGGUGCUGGUGGUAUGGAGGCGUUUAGGAAGAUGACUGCGAAGCAGGUGAAGAAAAGGAAUUAG